CUCGCCGCCACUGCUCCGGACGACAGCGUGCGGGUGUUGCUGACGUCAGCAUGAGCAGCAGCACCGAUGGCCUAGCUAGUGGCAACAACAACAGUCCGUGGCUGUACCAGGCGUUGCCCCCUCGCCACGCCACGUCAUGUGUUGUACCUUUGAAAGAAAAGCCCAUGUACUUGAAUUCAAAUGCGUUGAAGAGUCUGUUCCAGGCAGACAGACCCGGAUACCAAUCGAUUAACAACGCCACGAGGCGGCGAAAGCGGCUGCAGACUGUCCAAGCAACCAUGGCCACCGAGAAGCCACCUCCAAGCGUCAACCAGGCGGACGAUGACCUCCCGCGAGUGCACCACCGCCGUCGCUUGCGCCGGCGCAGGUCAGCUACCACCGUCCCUCCCACUCUAGGACACCGUCCGACUCUCGACGACGCCGUGUUGCUGAGCAACAACAGCGGGCAACCCAGCAACGACGCCGUGGCGUCACAGCUCGGGCUCACCGCCGACGAAUUCAACGCGUUGGAGGCGUCUAUGGGCGAUCACAACAACAACAAGGGCGACAUGGAGCACAAGUACCGAAGUGUGUUUGACGAGUUCGACGUUGAUCAUAGCGGCACCAUCUCGCCAGACGAACUGCGGACGCUGCUCAAGUCGGUGGGCGAAGAGGACUUGGACGAUGCAGACAUCAACGACAUCAUUGCCCAGGCUGAUGCCGACAAGAACGGCCAGAUCGAGUUCAACGAGUUCAUUCAAAUGAUGCAAGCCAGGAAGCGGCUGCUGGCCGUUGUGCAGCAGAUGGGCAAAAAUGGCGGUACGGGGUCGACAUCUCAACCGUCGUCUUCGAUGCAGUCGCCGCUGCCGCCGCUCAAGAUGGGCCAAGUCCAGCAGUCCAAGAAGCACAUGAAGCACUACAACCGUUUCUUCACCCGCCCGACGCCGACGUGCCUUCGUCCGGGCGCGUCCGCCGACAUGACGUCGCUCCGAAGGGAACUGGCGCUGUCGGAGUACGGGCUCAAAGAACUAGACCUCAAAGUGCGGGAAGACGUGCAGUGGGUCCAAGCCAACGUGCCUGUGACAUCGUUGAAAGCGCAACUGUUUUGCCACAAGUGGGGUGCGGAAAAGAUGAACGCGCUGUUUUCUCGCAUUCUGCUCAACUUCCAAGCCAAGGCAUUCUACAAAUGGAUCGACUACCUCAAGUUUCUCCACACCAAACUCAAAGCGGACAGGUACUUGAAGUGCAAGGCCGGGUCGCGGAUCACGACUCUCAUGCACACGUGGACGCGCAAGUCGCUGGGGCGGGCGUGGCUCGCGUGGUCGUCGGGCGUUCGCGAGCAACGUCGUAACGAACUCCACGCGUCCGCCGUGGAGAUCCAGUGCCUCGUCCGGGGGUUCCUCUCCCGCACCGCCGUCGUCCGCCACCUGCAGCACGUCGGUGCCGUCCACUUCCAGCGCCUUGUCCGGGGGUUCCUCGGUCGCCGCCGCGUGCUGCGCACCCGCCGCACCAACUUGGAGCUGGCGUCGGCGUCGCUCCUCCAGCGGUGUUUUCGGGGGUACGCCGGCCGAAAACUGGGCCGGCUGCUGUUCCAGACGCAGGCCGAGCACCGCGCCGCCAGUCACAUCCAACGCGCCUUCCGCGCCUAUGAGCAAAAACUGUUUGCGAGGGCGGUGGCCCAGACAAGUCGACAGCACGACGCCGCCACGACCAUCCAGUGCGCGGGUCGACGUCGGCUCGCCGUGCGGGAGACCAACCGCCGCCGGCUGAUGCGCCAGAAAGACGCCUCCGUCCGCUGCAUCCAGCGGGUAGGACGGGGCAUGUUGGGGCGCCGACGGGCAUCGAACGCGCGGCAGCAACGGGCCGCGGCCAUCAAGAUCCAGAGCCAGUUCAAAGGCACGAAAGGGCGGCGGCGGGCCAAACAUGUGCGGGACGAAAAGGCAGUCAAGCGGCUCAUGGUGCGGCGAGACCGCGCGGCGCUCAAAAUUCAGUCGGCAUGGCGGGGCAAGAACGGCCGGUACGCAUACCACUUGAAGCUCCGCGCCAAGAAGCAGCUCGAGAUGGAACUGACGCGGCUCCGUCACACGAGUGCGGUGCGCAUCCAAGCGCUGUACCGAGGGUACAAGGGCCGCCUCUUGUGUGCACACUUGGACGCUGACCGGGCGCUACGGCGGCGGCAGGAGCAGCAAAUCCGCGCGGCGCUCAAGAUUCAAGUGGCGUGGCGGGGGUUCCACGGCCGACUGGCGGUGCACCUCCGCCGCCAGGCCAAGGCCGCGAUCGACGUCGAAGAAAAGGCGGCGGCGGUCAAGAUCCAAAGCAUCGCCAGGGGCAACCGCGCGCGGGUCGAAGCGCACCGGCUGCACCAACGACGGCGCCGCGACGAAGUACUCCGCCGCGAGCGCGAGGCGGCCGCUACCACGAUCCAGGCGGCGAUGCGCGGCAAAAUGGGCCGAACCAAGGCGGCGGCCAAGCGCAAGAUGUACCAGACCAGUGCGCAGGAAGCGCUCUCUAAGCUCGUCAAGCAUGCCAAGGAGGAAGCCGCGAUCCGGAUCCAAUGCUGCAUCCGGGGGUUCCUAAGUCGGCAGCGGUACCGGCGGCGGCUGCGGGAGCACAAGGCCAAGCUGGCACGGCUCGAGCUGGAACGACAAGAGGCGAACGCGGUGAUUCGCAUCCAGUGCGCGCUGCGGAAGCGCAAAGCGACCAAGUUGCUCGCGCAGCGUCGCAUGGAGUUCCAGAAGCGGAUUUCGAUGAUGGCGUCGGAGAAGGCCAGCGACGAGAUCGCACGGCUGCGGCGAGAGCAGGAGGCGGAACUAGCCGCGAUGAAGAUGCAGCUGCUCAUGGAGAAGGACGCGAUCGAGAAGGAGGCGAGUCGACUUCGGCUCGAGGUCGCGGCCCGUAACGACGCCGCGCAGAACAAGCUGGCCGAAGACCAGAAGCAGAUUGCACACGAAAAGCUCACGGCGAUCCUGGAGGCGUCGAGGACGGACGACGCGCUGGAGCGCCUCCGACUGGACGAGCGGCGGGCGCGGGAGCUAGACGUGGAGAGGGCGCGCGUGGCGUCGGCAGAGGCCCGGGAGCGGCAGAAGGCGGCCGAAGUGGCGCGGCGGCAAGAAGAGGACGCUGCGAUGACGUUGAAGCACAGCUUGUCGACGUUGGAUUCGAUGAAAACGAAGGAAUUGGUGCGGAAACAAGAGCUGGCACUGGCCAAAGAGAAGGACAAGACGGCCGCGCAAUCCAAGGCGUUGGCCGAGCAUCAUGCCGCCAUCAAGAUGCAAGGGUGGGGACGGAAGCAGCUGGCGCGCCGACGCAUUGCCCGCAUCCGGAAGGAACAGCACGCGGCGCUGGAUGCGUUGAAGAACGAAGAGCAGCGCGCGGUGCUCAAAGCCAAACAGGACAAGGAACAUGCCCGACUCAAGAUGCAGAUGCUGCUGGAUGAAGAGGCGCGGGCGCAGGAGCAAGAGGUCCGGGAGCUCCAACUCAUGCUCAAGCAGAAGGAACUCCGCGAGAAGCAGCGCGUCGAGCAGAAGAAGCACAAAGACCUGGCGGCGCGCAAGAUCCAAGCGGCGGGACGGCGGUAUGUGGCGAGGAGGGAGCUCAAGCAGAUGCAGCGGCAGAUGGAGUUCGAGCGGCAGAAGCGCGAAAAGGCGGCCAAGGACGCCGCGGCGGCGGACGUCCAAGAUGAAUGGGUCGAGUACUGGGACGAGAACGCUCAGGCGUCGUACUAUUUUAACAUCCGGACCCAGGAAGCGAGCUGGACGAAACCCGGCUACACCAACCCGACCGAAGUGGCUGCCCAGCUGCUCAGCUACAGCACGGCACUGACAGCGCACGAUUUCCAGCAAGAUAACUACGGCGCGUCUUACAGUCCAGACAAAGGCGACGAUGUCGGGUACUUCGACGCCGGUGGCCACUAUCAUUACUAUGACACAACCAACGACACCACCCCCAGCGAUGGAUGGGCGCAGUACAAGGACGAGCAGUCGGGCGCGGCCUACUACUACAACCACUUCACAGGCGAGCGGUAUUGGGCUUAACGAGCGUUGCGUUUCUU